AUGAGUCAUAGUGCUCCUGCUGCUGAUCCCCUUUUUCAACAAAUGGCUGAUUUCUUUCAUCACAUGGCUAGAAGAAUGCCUGACCCUGAUGAAAUAAACUAUGAGAAAAUGAGAAAAAUGGAGGGAGUUGAGUUUGAAGGAACUGUUGACCCUACUGAUGCCGAGCAGUGGUUAGAACGAAUUGAAAGAGUAUUCGAGCAGGCAAAACCUUCUGUUCUUACUUGGGAUGAUUUUGUGAAGGAAUUUAAUAAGAAGUAUGUCCCACCUGCUUAUCACGAUGCAAAGAAAAAAGAGUUCUUAAAUUUAGAGCAAGGGAGCAUGUCUAUCGCUGAAUAUCAGCAGCAAUUUCUCAAGCUGUCCCGCUAUGCUGGGGGUAUUAUUAACGACGAAAAAGAUAAGUGCAGGCAGUUCGAAGACGAUUUGAAUGAUUCUAUCAGAAAAUCUGUAGCUGUCCUACAACAUAAAAAUUUUUGUAAAUUAGUUUCAGCUGCUCUUACUUGGGAAAGGAUCGACAAGGAACAAAUUGGUAGAAAUGAAUACAAGUUCAGGAAAGCUUAUGUAGAUUCAGGAGGUCCAUCAAAAAGAGGGAGCACUCCAAGCUAUGGUCAAGGCAAGACUGGUAUACCCACGUGUGCACAAUGUGGAAAAAAUCACUUUGAUACUUGUAGAAGAGCUUAUGGCGCUUGUUUUAAUUAUGGGAGCUUCGAUCAUAAAGUGAGGGAUUGUCCUAAUCCUAAUCCCAUUUCUUCUCCGCAUACGGAAGUCUCUGUUCAGAAACCUAUUACCACUCAAUCUCAAGGAAAUAAAGGUGCAAGAUCUAGAAACACACAAGCAACAGGUGCAGGUGGAUCCAAUCAAGCGAGUGGAUCAAGAGCUACAGCACGAUCUUAUGCGAUGAGACAGAGGGAUGAACAAGAUGGAGCAGAUGUGGUUGUUGGUAAAUUUCACUUAUUCGACUUAUGUGUCGUUACAUUAUUUGAUCCUGGUUCUACACAUUCGUAUGUUUGUUCAUCAUUGGAUUUUCCUGAAAAUGUGAAACCUGUGAGACUCGAUUAUGGUAUGUUUGUCCAAAGUCCUUUGGGUCAACAGGGUGAAAGGUCAUUGUCCUCUAAUAUUAUUUCUGCGGCCUUAGCAAAAAGGAUGAUUCGUCAGGGUUGUAGUGUGUAUCUUUCUCACAUAAUUGAUACACGUGUGGAGAGUCCUAUUCUUAAAGAUAUACCUACUGUGUGUGACUUUCCUGAAGUGUUUCCAGAAAAUCUUCUUGGGUUACCACCAGAAAGAGAAGUUGAAUUUCCGAUCGAGCUCAUUCCUGGAUCUACUCCUAUUUCUAUCAUUCCUUAUAGGAUGGCACCAGCAGAAUUAAAGGAAUUGAAGACUCAAUUGCAAGAACUUCUUGAGAAAGGUUUCAUUCGUCCAAGUGUUUCUCCUUGGGGAGCCCCUGUGCUAUUUGUGAAAAAGAAAGAUGGUACUCUUAGACUUUGUAUUGACUAUAGACAAUUGAAUAAAAUAACAAUCAAGAACAGAUAUUCAUUACCAAGAAUUGAUGAUUUGUUUGACCAACUGAAGGGUGCUAAUUUAUUCUCCAAGAUUGAUUUAAGGUCUGGGUAUCACCAACUGCGUGUUAGAAAGGAAGAUGUUCCUAAAACUGCUUUUAGAACUCGAUACGGUCACUAUGAAUUCUUAGUGAUGCCAUUCAGAUUAACUAAUGUGCCUGCAAUAUUCAUGGAUUUGAUGAAUCGAGUAUUUAGGCCUUAUCUUGAUUAA